GCGAAGAGUAGAAAGUAGGAGUCGCCGUGCUCGACUCUUCCCGGUUGCUGUCUCUUGCUUGUUUUCCCCGGUUCUACUUGCUUUCGCUGCCCAAUGCAUCCGCGGCGCCCCGAGGGCUUCGACGGGCUGGGUUACCGGAGCGCCCGAGAGGAGUCCGGAGGCUUCGCGGCCAAGCCGGACCUAGGCCACUGGGUCACUACCCCGCCUGACAUUCCUGGCAGCCGCAAUCUCCAUUGGGGUGAAAAGACGCCGCAGUUCGCUGCAGGCACACCUUUGGUGGCGGCUGGGCUCAACGAGGACCCGUACCUAGGAGGUGCUGGCACCAACUCCGAACAGUUGAAUCGGUUUGCAGGCUUUGGGAUUGGCUUGGCAAGUUUAUUCACAGAAAAUGUGCUGGCUCAUCCUUGCGUCGUUUUGCGGCGGCAAUGCCAGGUUAAUUAUCAUGCCAAGAAUUAUCACCUAACUCCAUUUACAAUCAUCAACAUUAUGUAUAGCAUCAAUAAAACCCAGGGCCCCAGAGCUCUUUGGAAAGGAAUGGGGAGCACUUUCAUCGUUCAGGGCAUAGCCCUUGGAGCAGAAGGCAUCAUCAGUGAAUUCACGCCCUUGCCAAGAGAACUUGCGUACAAAUGGAAUCCCAGGCAAAUAGGAGGACAUCUUACGCUGAAAGGGUUGACUUGUGUGAUAGCAAUGCCUUUUUACUCAGCAAGUCUGAUUGAAACUGUGCAAAGUGAAAUCAUUCGGGAUAAUCCUGGAAUUUUGGAUUGCCUGAAAGAGGGCAUAGGCAGAGCAAUGGGCUUUGGAGUCCCCCAUAGCAAGCGGCUGCUCCCUCUGUUGGCAUUGACCUUUCCAACAGUUCUUCAUGGAGUCCUUCAUUACAUAAUCAGCUCUGCAGUACAGAAACUGGUCCUCUUCUUCCUAAAGAAAGAGAAUUCCCCAAGCUUUCCAGCUGAGAACUCUAAUUCUGUACAAAGCAUGUUGGAUGCUUAUUUUCCUGAACUCAUUGCUAGCUUUGCCGCCAGCCUUUGUGCAGAUGUUAUGCUUUAUCCACUGGAGACAGUUUUGCAUCGCCUUCAUAUUCAAGGGACACGCACCAUCAUUGACAAUACGGACCUUGGAUAUGAAGUUCUCCCCAUCAAUACACAGUAUGAAGGAAUGAGAGACUGUAUCAAUAGCAUAAAACGUGAAGAAGGAAUAUUGGGGUUUUACAAAGGGUUUGGGGCUGUUAUUGUACAGUACACACUGCAUGUAGCCGUAUUACAGCUUACUAAAAUUCUUUACUCCACACUGCUUCAGAACAUUUCUUAAAAGCUAAUGGAUGUGGCCAUUUAAUUGGCUACAUUUUCAAAAAAUAGGUACAUUACUGAAAUCUGAAGGAUUAAAAUAUAUAGUAAUGGUUCCUUCAUAAAUAAAAAGAUAGGGGAACAUAUAUCCUUUACACAGGCCAUGGUAAGAGGAAACUGAAAUGUGUGGGUCAACACAAGGCUUUUAAAAUAUUGAAAUGUAAAUAAAAUAUUAGAAGGCAUUUUAUAAAUCUGUCCAGAGUAUGAUUUUCAGAGUGAUGAUAUGUAGUAGAUACAAUUCCACUGGCAAUUUCUCCUGCAUAACUAUUAGAAAUAAACAAUAGCUAUAUAAAAAGAAGCUGUGUUAUUUUUAAAGCCUUGUCUCUUCUUAGAGGGACCUGCACUGAAGAUCGUUAAUAUGAACUUAAUUUGGCAAUCUUGGAAUAAACUCAGAAACCUAUGAACUUUGUCAGUUUUGUUGAAGAACUUUUCACAUAAUUGCUGUAAACAAUAUUGCUAAUAUCAAUAAUAUGAAUGUAAACAGCAUUUUUCCACACUGGACUCUUGUUGGGUUACAGGUGUACUUUUUCCCCCAACGUUUUGUUGAUAAAACAGUAUGUGGUGCCCCUAAAAAAACAAAAUCCAAAAUUGUUCUAUUACUUGCAUAAAAGAAAAAUGUCAUGCAGUUGAAGUUCUUCUACUUGACUGCUGAGAAGAAUGUUGGUUAUAGUUGGCACUACUAGAAUUCUUCAUACAAUAUUAGAAUUCUGCCUCACUACAAUAUGAGGUCUCAGAAGGUUGUCAUAAGUAGACAUAAGUCAGGUAACUACUAAGAUGUCUCCCUAAGAUGGCAUCAAAAUACUUCCAAUGCAGGUUAAUUGAGUUUAAUUGAGGUAAAUACAUUCCAAAUAAAUAUAACUCAUAUAUAUCAAGGAAAGUUUUACUGAUAAUUGUCCUUCUGCACAAUUAUCAUGGCCUUUAAUUAAAGCCAUUAUUGAUUUGAAAUACCCAAUUUCAAAUGUGAAACAGGCUGGAAGUGUUUCAAGUGUUUUAAACUCAGAACAGUGCUGUUUUAAACUUGAAACACUUCAAAAGUGAUCAAAAUAACCUGCUUUGCACUUGAUAGUUGUUUCACACUAAAACAGAAUUUUGAAUUCAAAUAGGUUGAAUGUGAAAUUGUUGCAUACCUCUGUUUUCAAAUUUUAGUCUAUAAAAAAACAGCUUGUUUUCAGUAUUGCUGAUAUUUUUCCAAGAAUCAAAUUGAAAUUCAUCCCAGAAAUCUAGCUGAAUUUGGUGGUCUUUAUAUUUCCCAACCACAAAUAUAAAGACCACCAAAUUCAGCCUAUAUUGUAUUUAAACCUUUGUUUAAUUGUUUUUCAGAAAUAGCUACUGUAGAGCAGAAUUCUCUUACCCGUUAGUAUAAUAUGCAACACUGGACUGCAGUCCAUAGUAUGUUUCCUUUUAAAAUGACACAAUUUUGUUUCAAAAAGCCUAAUUCCAUUAGACGUCUAUUUGCUUCUGUGUCCAGGCUUGAUCUAAUGGAAAAUGUAGAAGGAUGUAUUUUACAAUGCAUUUGCAUGCUUUAAAAAAAGCCUUUGGAAAAGUUCCUGUCUCUUUCAGCAAUCAGUGUGUUGUAAAAGACUAGGUAUAUCUUUAUGAAUCUAGAAAACUAAUAUUUCAGAAUUUAUGUACAAAGUUCUUAUUUAUGGGGCACAUCUGUUAAAUACACUCAUUAAUUAUGAAGCACAUCAAAUUACCUUUGAAAAGAAAUUGCAGAGGAAGAGGUUAAACUUGUUAAUUAAUUUUUGUGGUUAUCAAAGAAUUGGUGUGAGAAUUGAAGACACCAGGCGACUUCUCUUGUAUUUGAACUGUUUUGCCAAAAUAAAAUAAAUGUUCCAAACAAAUGAAUUGAGAAGAGGGUAAUAGUGACAUAUUUCAGCUUUUCAAUGUAUGUUGUAGAUGUAAUCUUUUCAUAAUGCUUCUACUAGGUUGAAUGCUGGAGUCCUAAAGGAAUUGUGCACUUUGUAAGCUCUAAUAAAGCUAUAAAAUGUUGUGCUGUGAUGAACUGCUGGGUCCCUCAAUUUACAGAAUUUGUUUCUCAGAAUCCCUGGAGAAAAUCUAAAUAAAAAGUGAUGUAAAUUUUGUUUGACAUAUUGGAAAAAUAUUUGGUUAUGCGCGUGAUAAAGUACCACUUUACAUAUUAUGCAGUCGAUGCAUGUGCUACCUGUGCAGCAAACUGUAUGGCAUAUUAGAUUAAUGUGGAAAUGGUGUACACAGAUUUUUAAAAAAUAUAUUAAGCUGCUCUAUGUCAACCUUAGUAUAUUACCAUGCUCAAAAAAAGGGGGCUUUGGGAGAGUAGUUAGUUAUACUUUGAAGAAUUUUUUUUUAAAGCUUUUAAAACAUGCUGAGAAUCAAAGUAUUACCAUCUCAUAAGGCACUUGGCAGUGAACAUUUUUAUAUGAUAAGAUAAAAAAUGCCAUCCUUAGUUCUAUGAAGAAACGUUUAAUGCAGUAAUAUAUUCUAAGGCAAUGUUAAUUUGUUAAAUUUGUUGCAAAAUGUGGCUUCCUUGUUACUAUAAUUAUUCCCUGUGGGCUUAGUGCAAACAGCUGAAAAACCAAAGGAAAAAGAAAUAUCCAGAAUAGGAAAGUUAAGAAUCUUAUGGUAGAUUUCUAUAACUUUACUACUCUUUUAAUAAUAGGUCCAAAAUAUUAUAAAUUAGUUAUUUGUGCCUCAAGUCAGAACUCUGGAUUGAUCUGUUCUAUGAUCCAUCUGUUUGUUUUCUUGGCUAUUUUCAGGAGACUUCUCCAUCAUCAAAUUUUGAAAGCAUCAAUACACUUUCUAUCCUUCAAAGCCUAACUUUAAGUUCCAUACAGUGUCACAGGGAAUUGUCUGCACAGUUCUGAUCUUUGUAGAUACAGACACAUCCCUGCACCUGAAUAUCUUUUCCAAGACUUUAUUACUCUACCAAAUGCUAGUCUGUGGCAUAUUUCUCGACUGCUGGCUUUUUUAUUUCAAUGUCGUCAAGUUUUGUU